AUGGUGUUGCGAAGGUGCAAAAAUGCCAACAAAAAUGUUGGAAGAAAUAGCGCAAAAGCUGGCAUUAACAUUAGCAGCAGUAAUAAUAAUAAUUAUAAUAGCAGUGCAGUAAAGAGAGGUGUAGGAACCAACGAGCGAAAAAACUUUAUAGCAGGGGAAUCAUUAAACAUAAAAAAAAAGAGAAAAGUAAGAAAGUAUCAUGAAAAACUUCCUGAUUUUUCUUGUUUAAAAAAAUUAAUUUAUGAACAGAAGAAGAAAGAUAAUUUUUGCAAUUUAUUUUCCUUUAAUGAUCCAGGUAUAAAAGAAAAAAUUGAUAAAUUUAACAAAAUAAUUGAAAACAGACAAAAACAUUAUAAUAUUGAAACGAAGGAAGAGGAUGAGUUGUAUAAACAUUUUUGUGAAACGUCCACCUUUGGAUAUACAUUUAUUGAUAAGGCUCCAAAUUUUGGAAAUCAUGAAGAUAUUGAAGAUUUGGUUCAGCAUGACGAACAAGAGGAAAAUGAAGAUGAUGCUUUGGAGGAAGUCCACGAAAAGAGGAAAGCAAACCAGAAGUAUGUCAAUAGUGGCGUGGGUAGCGGUGUUAGUGGUGUUAGAGGUGUGGACAUCGGUGGUGGUCUUGGUAAUAAUAACAAUAGUAGUAAUAAUAUUAGGAGGGCGUAUAAAGGCAAGGGAGAAAAUAUUUUUAGCAAGCAAGGAAUCAUAGAUAUAAAAAAGAAAGACAUGAUACUAGAUCAACUUAAGUUAAAGUUUGACGAGUUUAAAAUAGAUAUGGUAACCAUUCCACAAAAACCUAUUCAUUUUAUUGACGAAAACGGGAAGGAGAAAAAGAAGCUUUUUAUUUUUAACAUAAAUAAUAAUAAAAAGAAGAAUGAAAAGAAGAGAAUUCAAAUUGUAUAUGACCAUCACGACGGGAAAAAGAAAAAGGGAAAAGCCAGAGCAUUGGGGAGGGGUCCUGAUGAUGACGGUAAGAACGACUAUGACAAAGGAAACAGCGACAACAGAAUUAACGAUAGCAAUAAUGGAAACAAAAACGACGAUACCGAUUCGGCAUUCUUUUCCGAUGGCGAAGAUGUGGUAAGCCUGGUGAAUAAAAUCAACGAUCAGAAGGAGUCUUACUUGUACUUCGUUGUGAAGGAUAACGAACUGCUGUUAAACAAAAAUAAUGACUAUUUUAGCAUAAUGAUGCAUUACCUAUGUGAGGGAACUACAAAUGUAAACAUUCAAAUAUUAUAUUAUUUAAUUAUGAAACCACCAAAUAUGGAUUUAUUGUUGUACCUAAUUUUAACGUAUUAUAAAUUUCCUUUUCUUGAUAUAUUAGAACAAUAUGAAAAUAUGUCUAUUCAUAAUAUUGUUGAAAGCUCCUUUGAAGAAAUUUCUUUAUAUGAUUAUUAUUAUUAUUUCUUUAACAUUUUAGAAAUAUCACAUGAACAAUAUUAUAUGGCUUUAGAAUUAUUUAACGGAAUGAAAUUUCUAUUAAAUAAAUAUAAUUUUUUUUUAAGUAGAAUGCAUAAAAACUCUAUUUUUUCCAAAGCGAAAUUUGUCCUAGGUAUGGGUGAAAUUCAGGGUGUUAAGGAUAUAUUCUUGACUAAUGAAUUGCGUAAAGUGAAGAAACAAAAUUUAAAAAGGAGAACCUGCAAAGGGAUAGAAGGACACACCCACGAAGAACGACAGGAACGCGAAGAACAGGAAGAAAAAAGCGACAACAGUCAGGACGAUAGCACAAGAGGGGGAUCAGAACCAAGGAGUUCAGAGGACUGCGUACCCACUGGAGGAACAGAUAAUAUGGGGGAAAGGACAACGAUCCGCGGUAAGGGAAAGACAGACAAGAAGAAAAGAGGCAAAGGAAAUGACGAUAUGAGGAAGGGAAACUGUUGUGACGAUGGGGGUAUGAGCCUGAGGAGGAAGAACGGUACCCUGCAGUAUAUUCUGAACACAAAACUGGACUUCAUAAACUACCAGCAGAUAAAUUUCUUCAACGAAACGCAUUGGGACGUGAUAGAAAACUAUUACCACCUGAACAAUUUAGACAAACUAGUUUAUUUUACAAAAGAUUUGUAUUAUAAGUUUACGAAGAAAAAUAUUUACCGUAAGCUAAACGAAAUAACAUGUGAGCAAAAACAUUUUGACAAAAUACAGAUAAUUGAAUACUGUAAAAAGAAAAUACCCCCCUACAACAACAAUGUAAAGUUUAUGAAUUUUUUGGGAGUGUACUCUCAUUCGUUUAUAUGGCAAAUUUAUUGCAUGCAGUUGGAGCUGUUCUGCGUGCUCAAGUUUAAACGAAUCGCCUGGGAUGUGUUCACACCCGGAGGGGUUAGUGGCGGGAUUAGAAGCAGGGUUAGCAAUCUAAUGGAAAAGAAACAGACCUACGACCAGCGAGGCAGCACAAGUAGCAGUGACCUUCUCCCCCCCAUUAUGUCAAGUCGGAAUUACAACUCAGUAGAGGGGGAGGCUGCGAAGGUUGAGGAUAGUGCAUACACUGCGGUUGGUGCAGAUGCUUCUAACGCUUCGAACGCUACGAAUGUUACGAACGCGACGAACACUGAUGAAUGGGAAGACACAAUGCAGUUGUUCUGCAGAAAGAGGGAAGCAGAAUUCCAUGUAAACACAUCCAGAAUAGUUGAAGAAAAACGCAGGCUUACACAUCCCCCAAUUUUGAAAAAUAUAGAAAAGGAAAUAAAUAAUGCCUUGCAUAUAUUUAAAAUGGACGUUAAGGAAAAAAAAAUAGAAAAUUUACUUUUUCCCAUAUCGGUAGAAAUACAUAAAAAAUUUAUUGAAAAAACAAAAUAUAUAAAUGGGACCUCAUUAAAUGAAUUUAUUUAUAGUGAAUUUUUAUCAGGAAUUGAUUUAAAACUAAGAGUAUUUAAAUUAAAAUGUAUAAUGGUAAAAAUCAUUAAAAUAAUAUUACCCUUUUUAAAUUUCAAUACUCUUAUUAUACUUAAAUGUUCACGCAUAUUUCUUAAGGAAGACAAUUUAAUAGUAAAUUCUGGAAUCCCUUUAGGUCUGUUGACAAAUAAAACUUUAUAUUUUCUUUUAUCUAAAAUUGAUGAAACUAUAGCCACCAAAACGUAUAGCAAAACCAUUUUUCAUUACAUGCCCCCAGAGAUAAGGGCAGGGCUUGAAUGGAUGAAAGGGGGGGGAAUCACCAACGAUGAGGAAAGUGCAGGAACGCAUGAGGAUAUAAAUUGGUACUUAAAUAGAGAUUCAAACGAUAAAGCACACACCAUUUCACAUAAGAGUCCACAGGAUAACCGCAAUGUCUUCCUCUUCGAGGAUAAGACAAAACUGCAAAAGGCGUACUCGUACAUGAUUGGAAAAAUAUUUGAAGAGACUUUAAUAGACACAUUCACAGGGGAUAAAUUUGACUAUCUGAACUUUGAUGAGGAGAUUAAAAAUUUUUUGGCAUGCUGUCUUGAAGAAGAUGUAGAUAAAAGAGAAACACUUGAAAAUCUGUUAAAACAUAAAUGUUUUUCGGAUUGCUUUGAUUUAUAUAUAAAUAUUUAUGAUGAUAAUAUUAAUUCUUAUAAGAAUGAUAAAGAAAAAGCUAUUAGAUUGAAAGACUUAAAUUACAUUAAUAAUUUCGAUUAUAAUAUUUUUACUAUUCCUUCCGAUCAUUCCUGUCGACCUGCCUCCUCUUCUGGAUCCAGACAGUUCAACACAUCCAGUCAGUACUCCUUAUCAAAUUCGUAG